GAUUCAAAAAUUUCUUCCAUGGAGCGUGGCCUCCGGGAUUUGGAAGAGGAGAUUCAGAUGUUGAAGUCAAAUGGAGCUCUGAGCACAGAGGAACGUGAAGAGGAAAUGAAGCAAAUGGAGGUGUACCGUAGUCAUUCCAAAUUCAUGAAAAAUAAGGUAGAGCAACUGAAGGAAGAGCUAAGUGCCAAAGAGGCUCAAGGGGAGGACCUGAAAAAAAGAGUGGCUGGUCUCCAGGCCGAGGUCUCUGCAAUUGGUCAGGUGAAGCAGGAACUGUCACGCAAAGACACUGAGUUGCUGGCCUUGCAGACAAAGCUGGAGACCCUCACGAAUCAGUUCUCUGACAGCAAGCAGCAUAUUGAAGUUCUGAAAGAGUCUCUUACAGCUAAAGAGCAAAGAGCUGCUAUCCUGCAGACAGAGGUGGAUGCAUUACGAUUACGUCUGGAAGAGAAGGAGACUAUGCUAAAUAAGAAGACAAAGCAGAUUCAGGAGAUGGCAGAGGAGAAGGGGACUCAAGCAGGAGAGAUCCAUGACCUCAAGGACAUGUUGGAGGUGAAGGAACGCAAAGUUAAUGUUCUUCAGAAGAAGAUUGAAAAUCUUCAAGAACAGUUAAGAGAUAAGGAGAAGCAAAUGAGCAGCUUAAAGGAUCGAGUGAAAUCUUUGCAGGCUGACACCACGAAUACAGACACCGCCUUGACCACGCUGGAAGAAGCACUGGCAGAAAAAGAAAGGACCAUUGAGCGCCUAAAGGAACAACGUGACAGAGAUGAACGAGAGAAACAGGAAGAGAUCGACAACUACAAAAAAGACAUUAAGGACCUGAAAGAGAAAGUCAGCGUUUUACAAGGAGAUCUCACAGAGAAAGAGUCAUCCUUAUUGGAUCUGAAGGAACAUGCUUCAUCCUUAGCUUCAUCAGGACUGAAGAAAGAUUCAAGACUCAAGACGCUGGAAAUUGCAUUGGAACAGAAAAAGGAAGAAUGCUUGAAGAUGGAAACUCAAUUGAAGAAGGCUCAUGAGGCAACACUGGAGGCUAGGGCCAGCCCAGAGCUGAGUGAUCGUAUGCAGCAGCUGGAAAGGGAGGUAACACGGUAUCGGGAAGAAUCUAGCAAGGCUCAAGCUGAAGUGGAUCGUCUUCUUGAAAUCUUGAAAGAGAUGGAAAAUGAGAAGAACGAUAAGGAUAAGAAGAUAGCAGAACUGGAGAGCCUCACCUCAAGGCAAGUUAAAGAUCAAAAUAAGAAAGUAGCAAAUCUGAAGCACAAAGAACAAGUGGAGAAAAAGAAGAGUGCACAGAUGUUGGAGGAGGCCAGGAGACGAGAGGAUAAUCUUAAUGACAGCUCCCAACAGCUUCAG